AUGCAGAGACAGCUGCUUACAUUUCCAUCGUUGCCUGGGAUUCUUCCUGGUGCCCAUGUAACAGAUCUCACCGAUAUUGAAAACUUAACAGAAGAAGCUAUUGUGACAACAGUCCGAGCACGUUUCUUGCAGGACAAAAUCUACACUCGCAUACGAAAUUCGAUUUUAUUAGCUGUAAAUCCUUACAAAGAUAUUCGAUCGUCAAUACAAGAGGCGAGCGCCAAUUACCUGACUGAAUACAAAGAUACAGAGAACCGUGACAGGCUUGACCCCCAUAUAUUUCAACAUGUUAACCAAGCUUAUUUUCAUAUGCGACGCACAGGACAAGACCAGUCUAUUGUGUUUAGUGGAUUAUGUGGAAGUGGAAAAUCAGAAUUACAUCAAUGGGCACUCUAUCACCUUGUAACUUUAAGCAGUGGUCACAAAAAGAAACAACAAUCAAAAGUUCAAGAGCUUAUUCAAAUGGCCUAUGGUGUCUUGGAAGCUUUUGGACAUGCAAAAACUGUCGGUAAUGGAAAUGCCUCUCGUUUUGGAAAAUAUCUUGAGCUUCAGUUCAACGAACGGGGUAGAAUGACUGGCGCCAAGUUUCUCGAUUACAUGCUUGAAAAAUCUCGAGUGACCCAUUUUCUUAGUGAUGAUGAACGUAAUUUUCAUGUGUUCUAUUACCUCCUACACGGAACAAAUGCAGAAGAGAAGACCCUGUUGCGCUUACAGGAUGGCGGGGCGUCAUACGGGACUUUGUACAGAAACAAGGAGGCUGCCAGAACUGCGGCCUGCGGCCUGGCUGAAGAGGAUGCCGAAAAGUAUGCUGAACUAAGAAGUCAUCUAAAAGCACUGGGGAUCAACAAAACCACCUGGCUGCAUAUUACACAGGUUCUUGCAGCCAUCCUUCAUCUUGCCAGCCUUCAAUUUAUGGAUGAUGCUUCAAAUAUGCAGGAUUCUGCUAUCGUUAAGAAUACGGAAGAACUCGACAUUGCAGCAGAUCUGUUAGGUGUCGAGCCCAAAGCUCUCGAAUCAGUCCUUACUUACAAAACAAAACUUAUAAAACGGGAUCUGACAACAAUUUUUCUGAAUGCUGAACAAGCUGCAUCCCAGAGAGAUCACUUAAUCCAGGUCCUCUACUCACUCCUUUUUGGAUGGAUAGUCGAGGUUCUCAACAAGCGUCUUUGUAAGGCUAAUUUCCAGAAUUUCAUCGGUAUCGUAGAUUUUCCAGGAGCGGAGGCUCCUACUAUUGCCUCGUUCGAUAAAUUUUGUGUAAACUUUUCAAACGAGAAGCUUCAGCAUUUUAUGCUACAGCAUAUUACUGAUCGGAACAUGGAGGUCUAUAGCGAGGCUGCAAUCAGAAAAGAACCUAUCGUGCUCCAGAGCAAUGCCGAGUGCCUCCAAUUAAUCACCGACCCUUCACACGGACUAUUGGCUAAUAUGGGCCGUCUUGUAAAGGCUGCGAUUGGUGUAGACGAAAAUGUGGAAAAGCAAAAGACUCGCCAGGCGAUGGAUGAGUUUUUAUUCGAGAACUCAAAGAACUCCUGUCUAUCUACAAAACGAUCUGAUGCCGGUACACAGUUGUUCACAAUUCAACAUUUUACGGGUCAGGUUACCUAUUCAACUGUCAAUUUUUUUGCAAGCGAUAGUGAGGCCUUGAGCGCAGAUUUCGUUUCUUUGUUUCGAAGUAAUAAUUCCCAUCACCAUAGUACACAUGAUGAUGUUUACGGAGAUCCGCUAGUGAAUGAACUUGUGAGUCUUUUGUUUGCCCAAAAGACAAUAGCAACAGAAAUGCACCCCAAAAAUAGCCGAGCCGUGGUAUCCGUGCAGCAGUCAUCCAAACCUCGCCGAUCACCAUCCACCCGAAAAUCCAAGGAUGAACCUACGCCAGCCACAGGCGCUACUAUCAACAGCCGAGCCGAGCAUCUGGGCGAAGCGCUGAACGAUCUGACACUCACUCUAGAAGAGACCAAGAUCUGGUGGGUGAUCUGCCUUAGACCCAACGAUCUUCUUUUGCCAAAUUCGUGUGAUGCAAAGAAGGUUACAGCCCAGAUAAAAUUAUUCAGUCUGAUAGAUAUUACUAUGCGCUCAAAGCAUGAGUAUACUAUGCGUAUUGACAUGGACGAAUUUUGCGACCGGUACGUCGACCUUAUCCAAGCAACAGUGGUUGAGCUAGAUGCGGAACCGAAAGACAAAUGUUCAGCUCUCAAAGAUUCUUUACGCUGGACAGAGCGUAUGAUGAUGAUUGGGGAAGAUAAGGUCUAUUUGAGUGAACAUGCAUGGGCUAUGCUCGAAAAUAAAUUGCGUAGCAUGGAAAAGCGUGAACAAAGAAGAGCACGAUGUAUUGCCAAAGGAAUUCCAUUUGUUGAAGAAGAAGAAAUUGUACCCAUGACACCAUCACUCUCUCAAGAUCCACCCUCUUGUUUUGGCCCUUCCAUGACAGAUGUCGGUUCGGUGUAUUCUGAAGAUUGUAUUGACGAGCACCAUCAUCACCAUCACCAUCACAUGCACUACGACGAAACUGAAUCUGUGUGCUCUUCUCAUAUGUGCGACGGUAGCUCAAGCAUGUCUCGAACACCUUGUGAAACAGAAGAUGCUAGUUUUAUGGAGCAAGAAGAAACCAUCACUGCUGUCAAGCCGGUCGUCCUUUCAGCAGAAAAGCCUUCUGAGCACAACGAACGAAAAACAGCUACAGCCCGCCGAGGAUGGGUCAUCUUGACCUGGGUGUGUACUUGGUGGAUCCCAAGUAUCUUUAUGAGUACAUGCGGUGGCAUGCGUCGAUCUGAUAUUCGGAUGGCAUGGCGUGAAAAGGUUACUCUUUGUGUAUUGAUCUUUCUGCUUUGUGCGGCCAUGGUAUGGUUUAUUGCUUUUUUCGGACAGCUUGUAUGUCCACAUCAGGACCUUUUUACACAAUCUGAGCUCCAAGCUAAGAGUAAUCGAGAUAAUGCAUAUAUUGCCAUCCGUGGGGAGGUAUUUGACCUUACGUCUUUUGCUCCACGGCAUUGGGCUUCCGAGGUCAUUCCAGCAAACGCAUUGUUUCAGUACAGCGGUCAGGACGCAAGUGAUCUUUUUCCAGUCCAGGUGUCAGCCUUGUGUGACGGGCUAGACGGAAUCGUACCCAAGGAAGUGACCCUUAACUCGCAUAUCAAUAUCACUGACUCUAAUGCAGUUUACCACGACUUCCGGUACUUCCAAGAAGACUAUCGCCCAGACUGGUACUUUGAACAGAUGGUGUAUCUUCGGAAGAAUUAUCGAAUUGGGUUUAUGGGUUAUGAUCCAGUUGAUAUUAAGAACCAGGCAUCCGUACCUGUACAGAUUGGUGGAAUCAACACUCAACGCCAAUGGGCUAUACUACAUAAUAACAUUUAUGAUCUAACGUCUUACAUGAUGGGUGGUCGAGGAGCUCGUGUUGCAGAAGGUCAGAGUCUGCCUGCCGACGUAAACAUCGAUUUUAUUGACAAUUCGAUCACUGAGCUUUUUCGACAGCUUUCUGGAAGCGAUGUUUCAGCCCAUUUUGAUUCAUUACCACUAACGAAAGUUAUGCGAGACCGCCAACUAGUAUGCCUAAGAAACCUAUUUCUGGUCGGAAAAGUUGAUACACGUAAUUCACUCCAAUGUUUGAUUUCUGAAUACCUCUUGUUGUUGAUCACCGGGUUCUUGUGCAGCGUAAUUCUGUUUAAGUUUUUGGCUGCAUUGCGCCUGACUUCAGAACCCGCAUUAAACGAAUAUGACAAAUUCAUCAUUUGCCAAGUUCCUUGCUAUACCGAAGGCGAAGAAUCUCUGAUAAAGACCAUAAACUCACUUACGGUCAUGAAGUACGAUGACAAACGUAAGCUUUUAUUCCUGAUCGCAGAUGGCAUGAUUGUUGGUAGCGGCAAUGACAGAUCGACACCGCGCAUUGUAUUGGAUAUCCUGGGUGUCGAUCCCAACACAGAGCCGGAGCCGAUGUCUUUUCUAUCCCUUGGAGAUGGGCGAAAGCAACACAAUAUGGGAAAAGUCUAUUCUGGCCUGUACGAAUGUUCGGGUCAUGUUGUGCCCUACAUUGUUGUUGUAAAGGUUGGCACGCCAGAAGAACACCAGAAACCCGGUAAUCGUGGAAAGCGUGAUUCGCAAAUGGUCUUGAUGCGCUUCCUGAACAAGGUUCACUUUGAUGCUCCAAUGACCCCUCUUGAGCUCGAGAUUCACCAUCAGCUAAAAAACGUUAUUGGUGUCAAUCCUGGAUUUUAUGAAUUUGUAUUGAUGGUCGAUGCAGAUACCGAGGUUCUGCCAGAAUCCUUGACCCGCAUGGUUUCUUGCUUUGUAAACGAUAGCAAGAUUGUCGGCCUUUGCGGCGAAACCAUGCUGUCAAACGAAAAGGAUACAUGGGUUACCAUGAUCCAGGUCUAUGAGUACUAUAUCUCCCAUCAUCUUGCCAAAGCUUUCGAAUCUUUGUUUGGGUCAGUAACCUGCUUGCCAGGCUGUUUUUGCAUGUACCGUAUUCGAUCUACUACCAGAAACCAGCCUCUGUUGGCCUCUAAUCAAGUUAUUUAUGACUAUGCUGAAAAUGUUGUGGAUACUCUUCACAAGAAAAACUUGCUGCAUCUUGGCGAAGAUCGGUACCUGACUACUCUUAUUCUCAAGCACUUUCCAAACUACAAAACCAAGUUUACUCCAGAUGCUGCAUGCAUGACUAAUGCUCCUGAUCGCUGGCCUGUAUUACUAUCUCAAAGAAGACGGUGGAUUAACUCGACUGUUCACAACUUGGGGGAGCUUAUGUUUCUGCCACAGCUGUGUGGUUUCUGUUGCUUUUCGAUGCGGUUUGUAGUGAUGCUAGAUUUACUGAGUACGCUUGUUAUGCCUGCUGUUGUAUGUUAUCUUGGCUACUUGGUGUAUCAGCUGUGUACCAAUACGAAUCAAGUCCCACUCAUGUCUAUAAUUACUCUUGCGGGUGUUUAUGGUCUUCAAGCCAUUAUCUUUAUUAUGCGACGCAAGUGGGAGCAUGUUGGGUGGAUGAUUGUGUAUGUCCUGGCUAUCCCUGUCUUUUCUUUUUUGAUUCCCAUGUAUGCAUUCUGGCAUUUUGAUGAUUUUUCGUGGGGAAACACUCGUAUUGUUGUGAGCGAAAAGGGACUUCGAAAGGGGCUAGGCCCCGACGAAGGUGUAUUCGAGCCUUCAAGUAUUCCCACCAAGCGGUGGUCUGAACACGAAGAGGAAGAAGAAGAAGAGGGCAAAACCGAAGACCAGACCGACUGGGAGGAGCGAUCGGCGUGUUCCAAGCACACAGUAGAAAGUGGCUGUAGUUGUGAAAAGCAACCAUCCCAUCCGAUGACAAGUUCGACUAGGUCCACACUUUCUUGUGUCGAAGAAAGCGAAUGCUCAAUAUACAGUGGAGACCAACACUCGGUUGGAAUGUACGACCGACAAUACUCACAGCAGUCAAGCUAUUAUUAUGAAAGCAGUAUUGCAUAUCAUGACCCUCGUAAUCCUCCUUCCAUUGCUUCCCACCCACUUAGUCAGAUGGAACCUUAUACCAGCGGACCUAGCGAGGCGACCAUUGUGCAAGAAAUUGAACAUAUUCUGGAUGAUAAUGAUUUGAUGCGACUCACAAAAAAGCAAGUGCGCGAUACGUUAUCUGAAGUGUUUGGGAUGGACAUGAGCUACAAGCGUGACUUUAUCAACCAGUGCAUUGAAACAUUGCUUGCUGAACGGCUAUAG